CAUCAAGGUUAAUAAUUCAAAUCAUUAACUGUCAAAUCAAAAUUUUUGUGUCGAAAUACCCGCAUAGUUCCUUCAUCUUUUCGUAUCCAAAAUUUAUUGUGUCAACUGUCCAUUAGCAUCAAAAUUUUCUGUUCGCAACAUCCGACUAGCAUCAUGGGCAUAUUCACCAGAAAGAAGCAGUACCUCCAUAAAGCACUUCCGGAAGGCAUCAGUAACACGUCGACCCCUGCUAGCCAAGAUGGUUGUGGCUCCGUUGACGAACUAUGUUCAUCUACUCACUUAGUUUCGCCAACGUCUAAUCAGAUGGUUCCUCUACCCGUGUCAACGAGUAGCUACAUCAGCAAGCCGUGGAGUAAGACCGCUCUGGGGCCCUUAUUGUCAAAGGCGACGAGCAGUGUCCGUUCCCAGUCUCUAUCCAAAACGCCUUCGAAGCCUCUUAAGUAUCAAGUAAGGUCGAUGACUAGAGCGGACGACCGUUCCGAGAUAUUAGAGACUAUUGUCGAUAACGUCGAAUAUCCAGAGAUUGAAGAAGGUACCAAGGAUACUGAUCUUGAAGAAUGUUCCAAAAAUGCAGAUCUUGGAGGAAGCUCCACCGAUGCAGAUGUCGUUCCACCGUUUUAUAAGACCGUUGCAGAAACUCCAAAACCCAAAGCGAGUAACAACAAACCUGUUCCGUCUACCGCACCAAAACCGCUACCAUACUGUAAGCCACAGUUGAAACCAUGUUGCAAAAGAAUGCCUCAAAAGCCAGCUCAAAAGCACGCUAGAUCAAACAUACCUCCGGUACCGGUAAAAUCCUCAAGAUCGGUAAACUCAACGAUAUCCAGAUCAGGUUAUCCUGCGAAGUCCUCGAGAUCUGGAAGCAUGGCGCUUCCAGCCAGGAGUUUGAAGACGCCAAAUGGUGGUAACCCAGCAGCUGUGUUUUGUUGUGGUGCCGAAGCUUUCAGCAAUUGUCCACCUAGGAGGGUGGAAUUCCAAGGGUACCAUCGUCCAGAACUUCAGGAUGUUGGAGUGUCAGCCAGUUUACGUCUCGUUUCAGACCCAGGCGAUCCAGUCUUAGCAGAAUCAACAGCAUCCCUUCAUUCAGCCACAAUCAAAUCUCACCAUAGCCAAAGAUCUAACGCGGGCAAAUCUGGAACGAGUCUAGCAAAUGAUCAUGAUGUAGGUGACGAAUCGUAUGAAGACUACGAAAACGAAGAUCAACUUGAAUAUAAACCUUCGCCGACGUGCCAAGUGCAGUGCUGUUGUGCCAGUUGCUGUCCUCCGCCAGAUACUUGCAACUUUUUUAGGAUGCCUCCGUUACCGCCGUGUCAGUAUGCUGCACAACAGUAUAGGCCCUGCUGCGGAUGUUGCGGCGAUUCAGGGCCAGGGAUGACGACGCCGGAAUGUCUAUGUCGCUGUCAAUGUCGCAGACCGUGUGAGGUUGAACCUAAGUGUCCAUAUCCGCGUCAAUGUCGCAGACCGUAUGAGGUUGAACUUGAGUAUCCAUGUCCCUGUAGAUGUCGAAGGUUGUGUGAAUGUGAGAUAUGAUAUCCGCGGUCAUGUAGUGGCAGUGAGGGUAAUAGGUGUUGUAGACCGAAAUCGAGAGAGCUUAGAGGAGGCAUACUCACCACGGGCUGUUUCUGCAAUAGAAAAAAUGGUUUGCAGGAUGACUGCCCUAGAACUGGCUGUCAAGGGGCGCCACCAUGCAUGACGCAACCGAAUCCAACCUGUAAAAACCAGCAAUUUUCCCAAGGGAAGCAUCUGGAAGAAAAAUGGGAAAAGAAGGAGAAAACUGAAACUAAAGUGUGUUAUUGCACAACCUAUCAAUCUGCUUAUGGAACGAAGGCUAGAUGCGGACCUUGUUGCACUGUCCAGGUAACCAAGAUCAAGGAACUUACCACCAAAAGCAGCGAGAUUCGGAGACACAGUACUAGCAACACAUCAAAGCCCAGCUUCUCUUCGAGUAUCAGCUGCCAUUCAACAGCUUCAGCUAGCCCGCAACAGCUACAACAGCAAAGGUGUCACAUCGGCGACCAUAGCGACCAUUGUCCCAGCGGAUGCAUGGAUUGGUGCAAUUGCGGGAGUAGGAUUGACAGACAAGUGACUUGUCAUACGCCGCCUAGGAUCGUGCCUAACAUACCUCAAUUGUCAUCUGGUUUUGCGAUACCGUGUGUUAAUCCGUUGAUCGGUAUUCCGUGUCAUACGAAUAAUUGUAACGCGGAAACGGGUUGUGAGACAAAUGGAAAUGGUUAGAGAAUGUUUUUUUGAGGCUACAACUUAAUGAUUUUCUGAAAGUAGUAUUUAUACGGUUUAAAGAGGAGAUCGAUGAGAAUGGAACCGAUGCAAACAAGCAUAGUCUGCAAAAAUCAAAAGUUCGUCGCUUGUUAGCCUGCCAAGUAAGUAUCAAAAUUGCUUCAAGAUCAACUAAGUAUAAAAUACUCUUCAGCGUCUUGUAGGGUAAGGUUCGAGCAUUAACAUAGACACUCGGUGACCUCAAACAUAAUGAUAUUUUCAAACCUAUUAUCGUUGCUAUUUUUAGAGAUCGUCGAUACCAUUGAAUGAUAAAGUGCUUGUUCAUGUAUUUUGAAAACUUUGAGAAUUUUUAAAAUAUUGAAAAUUCUGAAUAUUUUGGAAAUUAUUAAGAUUCUGAAACUUUUGGAAAUUAUGAAAAAUCUGAUAAUUUUGAAAGUUUCAAAAAUGUUGAAAAUUUUUAUGACAAAUUAGAAUGAAAGCUACUUAUUUUUCUGUGAUAUGCAGCCAUAGCUAAUAUAAGGGUACAAGCUGUUCCAAAAACUAAUAUUAGGUUGGGUAUGGGUAAAAAGGCAUGCAGCCUGUAUGGAAAUUACCUUCAAUCUGAUUCAGAUAUUUGAAAUUAUAGGUACCAAAAGCAUUAGCGACUCCCAAGCUGGGAUUCGUUACUUUCAUUUCUUAUUAACCCUACUUUGCAAUUACAAUACCAGAAAGAAUAUUGCGACGUAUGAAUUCUAAUAUGUUGCCUAUAAUUACAAAAUUGUACGACCGGAACCUAUUUAUAUACUUGAUUUUUCCGGCUUCUUUUUGGUUAUCCUGCAUGUAGCCACAUUCAGACACCUGAACGUCAAUUACCUUUGCUACUGGUAAAAACCUACAUAUAUUAAAAAUAUUAAUUGAAGGCCUUCUGUGCAUAGGUCAUCCUGAAUGUGACUUUUCGUAAUCUUGAAGUUGUCGAAAUAAAAUUAAUGAAUUCACCAAUGCUCCAUUACAAACACUGUAAUUAUGUCACUUCGCCAACACGUUAAGCAACAAUCAGAUUAAAAUAUCUACAUCAUUUUCAACGAUGUGUACCAUAUUUUGUGAAUAAAUGUUAUUUAGCUGUCUUAUGAG